CAUUUAUGCUUUUGUUUUGUGUCUCUUCUGAUUCGGAGUCUUUCUCCUGGCUUAACAGGUUCGCUUACCUGUACUCACUGAAGACAUAGCAACCGAAGUUCAACUAGGUUUUUUUUAAUGGAAGACAUGGAGCCAAAGCUUGCAAUUAAGAAGGAUUUUACUGAAUUAAUCGGGGCAACCCCAAUGGUGUACCUGAACCACAUUGUGGACGGUUGCACAGCGCGAAUUGUUGCUAAGCUAGAGUCAAUGCAACCCUGUUCUAGUGUCAAAGAUAGGAUAGCGUUGAGCAUGAUUGAAGAUGCUGAGGCAAAAGGCCUCAUUACACCCGGAAAAACCGUUCUUGUGGAGGCGACUAGUGGCAAUACCGGUAUAGGACUCGCGUCGAUAGCAGCAUUGAAGGGUUACAAGCUCCAAGUGACUAUGCCAUCUUAUGUGAGUCUUGAGAGAAAAAUUGUAUUGUUAGCCUUUGGAGCUGAGGUGUAUCUGACAGAUCCUGCUAAAGGAGUCGCUGGGGUUUUCCAGAAGGCAGAAGAGCUAGUAGCCAAGAAUCCUAAUAGCCAUAUGCUCCAUCAAUUUGAGAAUCCUGCAAAUCCAAAGAUUCAUUACGACACCACUGGCCCAGAGAUUUGGCGAGACUCGGGAGGCAAAGUUGAUGCUUUGGUUGCAGGGAUCGGAACUGGGGGUACAAUUCAAGGCGCUGGAAAAUUCCUCAAGGAGAAAAACCCAGAUAUCAAGGUGUAUGGUGUUGAACCAGCUGAAAGUGCAGUUCUAAAUGGAGGAACCCCAGGAUUUAGAAGUCAAGGAAUACAAUGCUUUACUUUCAUCAAUGUAUCAAUUACUAUAUAUCAAAGUACAUUUGUUUAUCUACCGAAGAAGAGAAUCGGAGCAAUAGAAGAUAAUGAAGCCCUGCUGCAGGAACAGGAAGACUGUCAACAAAUCAGAUAUCUGGUCUAACUGAUUCAGAUUAAUUUAUGCAGGUCAAUUUCAUUGUCUUCAGACCUGAGAGUGUGACUGGAUUAAUAGUAGGUGGUUGCCAUGAAAACCAAUGUGAAGUCUCAAGCAUGGAAGUCACAUUGUUUAAUUUACUAGUCUCUCGACAUUGAAAAACAAAGAUAGACAAAUUAGUCCUCCUAUGCAUUUAUUUCGUAUGGAAGAACUAAGCUGUAGCCCCUUUACGAAUGGUGCAAGAGCUGAGAGGAAUGUCAUUGUCAAAUCCUAAGCAAUGACUUUGUCCUUCAUGUGUUUUGUCAGGCAUCAGGGGUUUACUCUAUUUUUAUAUUUAUUAUUAGGACAUGAAGCUGUUUACUAAUUGUUCUCUCUAUUUGUGCAAAUG